GAAUAUUCUCAAGUGAAGAUAAAAAAAAAAAUCUCUUGCCUUUUAUACAGUGUCAUUUUCUGAAUCAGAAGCAGUUCAGCUAACUGGCUCCACUUCCAUAGAUGUAGCAGGGGAUUGCCAGUUUGCUGUGAUCUGUAAGGCCAGUUUUCUAACUAAAUUGCUGGUACCCGGAAUCUCACCAAUAAAGAUGACUCUUUUCAGUUAUGAGUUGCUCUUUUUCUACAAUGUAAAUAUACAGGAAGAGGCAUCAUCACAUUUUGUUAAUAUACCUACUAGCACCGUAGCGUGAAUUAUUCCCUCUGGGAUUUGAAGGUUCUUGGUGACUAUAUGUUUGUUGUAGGGACAAGUUUCUCUUUCCUGGUAGUUUAGAGAGAGCACUCUGCUAGGGGACAUUGAAUGGAGUUGUAUUGGGAAGAGUGUACAAGAAGGGGAUUUCUGAACAUUUUGACAUUAAACGAAUGCUAUACAAUUGUGCAAUAUAUGGUAAGAAUCUUACUCAUUUUGAAAAUGCUGCAUAAUGAACAGAACUUAACUACUGUUUAGUGGGAAGGAGUAUUUAGGCAAUGCCUGAGUGUGUGACGGGAAGACUGCUGCUUUAUUUUCCAUCACUCUAUCAGAUUUCCCAAAAAACAGUGACAGAGGCCCUCAGUGCCGCUGCUCUUUUCUCUGCUCGUGCCUUCUCUUUUGCGAUCUGGUGAAAUCCAGCCUAACCUCUGAUGCCUGGGUAGCUUCUUUGUGACUUAUUGGGACAUUUUGAACAUCUACCUUCAAGAAGAGCGAGGACAGACAUAAAUAGCCUUGAGCACACUGAAUAUAGAUCUUGGCAUAUUGUUGGAACUCAAAACAUGUUUGUUGUGUUCAUUUCCAAGUUCUGCCUAAAGCUUAGUGACAGCCACCUCCAGUAUCAAAAAGUAUUUUACAGAGAUGAUGAGAGCCUUGGGAUACCCUCGACAUAUUUCUAUGGAAAAUUUCCGCACACCAAAUUUUGGACUUGUAUCUGAAGUUCUUCUCUGGCUUGUGAAAAGGUAUGAACCUCAGACUGACAUACUUUCUGAUGUUGAGACGGAACAAGACCGAGUUUUCUUUAUUAAGGCAGUUGCCCAGUUCAUGGCCACAAAAGCACAUAUAAAACUCAAUACUAAGAAGCUUUAUCAAGCAGAUGGGUAUGCAGUGAAAGAACUAUUGAAGAUCACCUCUGUCCUUUAUAAUGCUAUGAAGACCAAAGGGAUGGAGAGCUCUAAAAUAGGAGAGGACGAUAUCAGCAAAUUCAAGUUUGAUCUUGGCUCAAAGAUUGCAGAUUUGAAAGCUGCCAGGCAGCUUGCUUCUGAAAUCACCUACAAAGGAGCAUCUCUGUAUGACUUGCUGGGCAAGGAGGUAGAGUUGAGGGAACUGAGAACAGAAGCAAUUGCUAGACCUCUGGAAAUAAACGAGACUGAAAGAGUGAUGAGAAUUGCAAUAAAAGAUAUUUUGGCUCAGGUUCAGAAGACGAAAGACCUGCUCAAUAACGUGGCCUCUGACGAAGCUAAUUUAGAAGCCAAAAUUGAAAAGAGGAAAUUAGAACUGGAAAGAAACCGGAAGCGACUCCAGACUCUGCAGAGUGUCAGGCCAGCCUUUAUGGAUGAAUAUGAGAAGAUUGAGGAAGAAUUGCAAAAGCAGUAUGACAUUUAUCUGGAGAAAUUUCGAAAUCUAGCUUAUCUGGAACAGCAACUCGAGGAUCACCAUAGGAUGGAGCAAGAGAGGUUUGAGGAAGCCGAAAAUACUCUCCGUCUGAUGCAGAACAAGCUGAAGGAAGAAGAAAAGCGACUACUCAAGAGUGGAAGUCAGCCAGGAGAGCCCGAAGCUGCCCUAAGUGAUAAGACUGCAUGGAAUUUAUCCCCUCCUGGGAGGCCUGGCACAGGUAAUGAUGACUCGGACAUCGACAUCCAGGAGGAUGAUGAAUCUGACAGUGAACUGGAAGAGAGACGGCUGUCCAAGCCACGGACAGCCAUGGAGGUGCUCAUGCAAGGAAGACCUAGCAAACACAUCGUGGGCACAAUGCAAGGUGGAGACUCGGAUGACGAUAUGGAAGGAACACCAGCUCUGUUAGGUAAAUGCAAGACUUCCAGCUCCAAGAAGCAGGAAGACUCGGAGGACAGUGAAAUUGACAUGGAAGAUGAUGAAGAAGACGACGACUUGGAAGACGAGAGCAUUGCUCUCUCUCCAGCUAAAUCUAGUCGAAGGGUCCGGAAACCUGAGCCCCUGGAAGAGAGUGACAAUGACUUCUGACUUUCUUGCCAAGGGACCCAUGCAGAUUAAAACCCUCAGAUUUGUAGGUAAAUGGGAAUUUAGAAGGUUAGAAAGGAAGCAUAUUUUGUUUACUAAGUCAGUUGGACUUAUUGUUACUGAAGUAUUACCUGUUUUUUACUUUAGCCUCCUAUGUGUUACUCCAUGAAGCUUAAACAAGAACCAGAGCAAACUCCAAAGAUGAUUUUUUUUUUUGCCUUAUCUCCUAAAAGUGGGAAAUAUAUGUGUGCUUAGUGAUUCACAUCCACAGGACAAAAACUUGAGGAGAAAUAAGUUUCUAUGUAAGUUUGAUUAUUGUUGUCGUCACAUAUGUCCUCUAAGAGUCAGUGGGACAAACCUGAGGCUGGCACUGCACACAAGGACUCAUUUUAGGAAUUAGUGCCGGACUAUUAGUCACUUGUACAAUUUAGAGGCUUUUAUUUCAUUUUAUAGUCUUUUUUUCCUGCAUGUUCACAAUACCAAGCUUUAAAUGCAUUUUACUAAAAUUUUCUGAAUGAAAGUUAGCGAAGUCAGAUAAAAAUCAACUUUCUUUGAAAAUCAGGCAACAGAAGAUCCUCCAGAUUAUAAAUACUCCAUUUUCUCUCAGAAGGCCAGCAUUCCUUCUUAGGAAAGUUGACUUAAAAAAUAAACCAGAAUUGAAAUAGGUAGAGUAACACUAGAAUUUCCCUAUUGUGAAAAGACAAGUGAAAGAUAGGUGGCAUUUUUUGUUGUUUGUUUUUUGGGAAGCACAGAACAGUUUUUAUUGUUUUUCAGUUAUAAAGUCAUAAGACUUCUGAAGUUACUUCUCUUAAUAAAUGUUUUUAAUACCAUAUUUUUAUAUUAUUAAAUAAAUUUUACUUGAAAAUGUAA